UUAGUAAAACGGUCCACAUCGACUUUGUUGAAAUUUUAUAUUUUUCCUCAUUUUUUUUCUGUAGAAAUGUCUGAGUACAGCGUUAGUAGUAGCGUAAAAGCCAGCGUGGAUAGCGAGGUGGAACAGCAUGAGGGCGAACCUGAGGUUAACUUAAAGACACAACGCAAGGCCAAGCCUAAGCGUAAACCUGUCCGGGGAAAAUUCGUGCAAUCACCAGACGAAGAGUCAAUUGGAAAAGUUCAACUAGCUCAAUCAGGCGACACAACCACACAAGCUUGUGAUAAAAGAAAAGUUACCAUUAAAGAGAAUGACAGAAGCCUAGACCAAAACCCAAGCCCAGCUUACGUAUGGCGCAGGAAAUGGCCGCCACGCCCGCCCUCUCCAAUGCCAAAACAUGGGUGUAUUAAAUCGAAAAAGCCGCCACAGAAUCGUAAGAAGCCACCACCUCUAAAACGACGUGUGAUGAGCAAGAAAGCGCCCAAAAGACGCACCACGAAACCAAAGAAAGCUAAGAAAGCUAAGAAAAGCAAACCAACUGCCGAGGCGGCGAAGAAGAAAGUUCUGAGAAGAAACUCGAUUUGCAAGGUCACAAAGGCACCGAAAGCCAAGCCCCGAAGAAACUGAAAUGUAUCACAAGAGACGAAGAUAAUAACCUUUCUAAAAACCCGUCGUGGAUAAUCAAAAUUCAGAAGUUUCCAGCAACAUAAGAAAACAAAAAACACGAAAUGGUACAAAUUUAAAGUCUCCUCAUAUGUAGUCAAUCAUAAAUUUAACUCAAUAUUUCUUUUUGUUAACAUCAGCAACACAAGGCAACACAACACUGCUUAAAAAUGGGCAGAUCAAUAAAAUUUAAGAAUACUAAGAUA